ACCAUGAGCUUUGCUCUCGAUUUGCUUUUACUUGCCACAGGAUGGACUCACGUUUGGCUGGCUCCGUAUACCAAGGUCGAAGAAAGCUUUAAUCUACAUGCCACCCAUGAUGUCCUCAGUUAUGGUGUAGCCCCAGAUGCCCUACAUAAUUAUGACCAUUUUGUAUUCUCUGGAGUGGUUCCCAGAACAUUCAUAGGAAGUCUUAUUCUUGCCUGGCUGUCCACCCCCAUCCUGCACAUCGCGAGCGCGUUCGGUUUUAUCACUUCAAAACUCGACAUUCAGAUCGCAGUACGCUUGGUAUUGUCCAGUCUGAACGCCUUUGGUCUGAUACUCCUAAGGCGCGCAGUCUUUAAACGUUUCGGUCGUCCGACAGGUCUACUCUUUGUCCUGUUGACUUGUUCCCAAUCCCAUGUCCCUUUUUGGAUGGGCAGGACUCUACCAAACAUGUUUGCUUUAUUCCCCGUGAAUCUAGCCUUCUUCCUCCUCAACAAUAGAGCUAGCAACUCCUUAAAGCCGUCUACGUUGAGUGUGCAUGCAGCUUUCUCGAUCUUGACAUUCACUGCUGUGGUAUUCCGCUCUGAGGUGGCUAUCCUACUCGCUCCUCUUGCUCUGCAGUCGCUCUUUCUCCAGCAUACGAGGUUCCUAAGCCUAAUAAAAGUAGGUAUUAUUUCUGCCAUUGCGUCAAUUGGUACGUCUAUGGAGCCUGAUUAUAUUUUUCGAAGCAUAUUGAAUAUACUCUUGUUUGUAGCAUUGACAGUGCUAGUGGACUCAUACUUCUGGGAUCAAUGGCCAUUAUGGCCAGAGUUCAACGGACUCUAUUUCAACGUGUUCCAAGGAAAAAGUGCCGAAUGGGGUGUUUCACCCGCUCACGCCUACUUUUCAUCGCAUCUUCCAAAACUCCUCCUUGGUUCUCUCCCACUUUCUGCCCUCGGUGCACUUCUGGACGCUCGCAUACGCUCUCUGUUGAUACCCUGCCUUGCCUUUAUUGCCCUUAUCAGCGCCUUAGGACAUAAGGAGUGGCGCUUCAUCGUGUAUGCCGUCCCAGUUUUCAAUAUCGCAGCAGCUCGGGGAGCUCGAUGGAUGGUAUCGCGCAGAAAAGGCCGCUUUUUCGGUCGACUUCUCUUUUUGGGUGCUACAGGCAUCAUCGCUGCCAACCUCCUCGUAACAGUGAUGUACACUAGGGUAUCCGCGGCAAACUACCCCGGUGGUUCCGCACUUGCAGUCUUCAAUAAAAGAUAUGCCGAUUGGGAGCAUGUACACGUCCAUAUAUCAAACCUUGCCGCACAAACUGGCGCAUCCCUAUUUUUGCAGGAUCACUCUCCUCCCCAUAUAGCACUUGCUCAUAGCGCUUCUGCACCUCAUCACUGGGUAUACAACAAAACAGAAUCCCUAUCUCCGAAAGCCAUCACUGCUUCUUCACAAAUCACACAUGUCAUUGCAGAGGCCGGUCCCGAGUCUCAGAAGGGAUAUCUGAAGACAGGGAAGUGGGAUAUCGCCUUCAGCAUAGAAGGAUUUAGCGGGUGGAGGUUCAACCUGCCCUGGCGUGGAUGGAGAGUGAACAAUAAGGCAAAGAUCUAUGAAUGGGUGUCCCAGGGUCUGGGAAGUGUGAUGGAGAUGGACACUCGGGAGGAGCUAUGGGUCUUGGAACGCACCUGAUAUUACGCAUGGCAAAUGCGAGUACUGUGUAACUCAACCAGCCAGUUUUCAUAUCAAUACAUUUGCAUGGAAGAACUCAUUCCAGCUGUCUUCCUAGUUUCACGGGUCAUAUGUGUGUAUCUUCUCUGAUGAAGCGAGGAAUUAUUGAACCAGAGAAGUGUAAAGCAUGCCUUUGUAAACUACAGUCAAAAAACAUGUCAUUGGAAACACAGAUAAUUAAUUGUACACGUGUUCUGAAGCUC